ACGCAGGCUGUGCCGUCAGUGCAGUGCUGCGCGUCGCCGCGACAUGUCGCCCGCGCUCGCUUGGCUCGUGCUGCCGGUGUGCCUCCUCGCGCGCGCAGGAGUGUCAAAUGGUGUAAGUUUGAAAUCUGUCCAUCACGGAAGGAGCAUUAGAGCGUUAGCGCUACCACCAGGAUGCCUGUACGACGGGCGCUGGUACACGGAAGGCGAGAUGGUAUCCAGCUCGCGGUCGGCAUGUCUACUUUGCGUGUGUGUGCGCGGCGCCUUAUCUUGCCGACGACGAGCCUGCGCCCCCCUACCAGACCCCCCACCUGAUCGAUGUCAAGUGGUGCACAGAAAGGAUGGAUGCUGUCCAGAAUUACAAUGUACUGAUGGCAUAAAUUCUUUAGACAACGUUGCAAAGGUACGUUUUGCAGAAGACUUAUCCGACAUCGCGACACCAUCGUCCAUCGCUCAUGCGUGCGUGGAGGGCGGGUCGGUGUUCGCGGCGGGGUCUGCGAUGCGAGCCGCGUCGGCCUGCGAGGCAUGCUUCUGUCUCCAAGGGGCACGGCGGUGCGUGACGCCCAAGUGCUUGCCGCCGCCGCAAGGGUGCACUGCUCGAGCGGCGCCGGGCGCGUGCUGCCCCACGCGGUAUUAUUGCCGGCAUGAUGAUGUGAAGCAGCACGAUCGCCGGCAUGAUUGCGAAGUCAAUGGCAUAUGGGUAGCAGAAGGAGAUAGAGUGGUGACAGAGACAACUACUGCCAACUGCACUAGUUGCUUCUGUCUGCGAGGGUCUGUGCGGUGCCAACCCCUGGCAUGUGCUCCUCCACUGCUGGGCUGUGAGCCACUGUUGCGACCGGGAGAGUGCUGUCCGCACCAGUACCGCUGCCAGCAUGAUGAAGGUCCUGGUUAUCACAAACACAACAAUGCAUUUACUACAAAGAUUGAAAACCGAGCUUUCCAGUCCUCGAAAUCAACUAAACAGGAAACAACAACUACCCAAAUUGUAGCAACUAAAAAUACACCAACAACCUCAUUAACUAAUAGUCUUGUGGCCACAACUAAAGUGAAAAGGAAGACGAACGAUCCACCGCCAAGCUCCAGCCAAAAACCAAUUGAAAAUGUUACAACACAAUCUCCAACUACCAGGGUAACUACGACACAAGAAACGACAACGGAAAUGGCAACAGAUCAACCCGACGAAACUAUGAAAGUGAUUAUAAAUGGAACGAUCAAUUGUACUGCGGAGAUAUCCUCUACUUCUCUACCAAGGAAUAUAAGCUUUGAAGACUCUGUAAAAGCAGCAAUGGAUGUUCAACCAAGAGUACCGAUAGUUAAUAUAGAGAAUUUAGAUCAUACGUACUCUCCCAAUGAUAUAAUUACUGACAGGAACAUCAAUGUGUUUGAUGAAAAUGAAUCAUUUACUAUAAACGUCACGAGUUCUUUGAUGACCAAUACAAGUCUGUCGACUAAGCCACCAUUGGUCACUGUUUCAAAGCCUGGUAUUGUAGCAGAUGUUCCCAACACUUCGAAGAAGACGAAAGGAGAUUAUGAUUAUGAUUACACUGAGCCAACUUUGCCACCGUCCCUGCCUAAUUUAAAGAUCAUCCCAUUUGUGGCCGCCGACGCUGUAGUGGACGAAAAAGCUCCAAAAGAAACUCUAACCUAUCCUCUACUAGAAAGAGAAGACAAAUUCCCAGUGUACUAUCCCAAUGUAAAUCAAAAAGAAAGCCAAUACGCCUCAAGAAGGGAAGGUGUUUACGAUCCCACUCAAUAUCCAGUAUUCAUUUCUAAUAAGAACACGCAAUAUCCUAGCUUGACCCACGACAUGGCGUCUGGGUUCGCUAGUCAUAAUGAUUUGGAGUACACUGUUGGUGCAUCCUUAGGAAACCGUGUUUCUGAAGUGAAAGAGGUGACCAAGCCUCCAACAACGAGCACUACGUUCAGUGUCGAAAUGCCGGCUGUUAAUUUAUUUUCACCACCUGUUGAAACUGAGGGCGGCUUCAUGCCUAAAGACCCUGGCAUAAUCGAUGAUUACUACGCAGUAUACGCAAAUACACCUCCAGCACCAGCGGUACCACAUCUUACAACUUCUAUGCAGUUGGAUAUUGUCAAAGGUGAGUGCGUAUCACCAGACGGGCAGCGCGUAGCAGAAGGUGAGAAUGCAGUGGUAGGAUGUACUCGCUGUGACUGCACUUGGGGCAGACUCCUCUGCGUGCCCAUAGAUUGCCCUACUCCUGAGGGAUGUCAUAGAGCUCCUGUUAUUCAGGCUAAUGAUGAGUGCUGCGGAGAACUGAUUUGCGAGGAAGUAACGAAAACAUCGCCAGUAGCAUCAACUACAGUAGAAAAAAGCAACAAAAAUAACACCGUUGUGAAGACGGAAAAUAUUUCUUUAACACUCAAAGUGGAUACACCUAGUUAUAACACAACUAUAAUCAAUAUGACACUUCCUAGUAUUAAAGUGGAAGAUAAAGUACAAAUAGGUUCUAAGAACCCUAUUAAUGUUCAAAACAACGUUCACAAAACUUCAAACGUAUCGAUGUCAACCACCACAAAUAUAUCGGAAACUAAUCUCACAUUAACUACAGAAGCAACUUCUGAGAAAUCCAAUCAAACACUCAACCACUCCCAAGAAUAUGACGAAGAUGAGGACGAUGAAGGAUUUUCUUUCGGAAGCGUUUUAAAAUUACUUCUAAGCGACAACUACGAAACAACUACCGUAGCUACAAUAAAACCAACGGUCAAACCGGUACCAACAAAGCCAAUUGCGACUACAACUAGAAGACCGUCGAAACCAACUUUGGUUCCAUUCAUACCUUUACCACCAGGUCCGUUAAUUCCUCCUCCCAAUAAAGUGCCUAUUAAUAGGAUUGACCAUCUUCUUCUUGGUGAGACAAGUGCCAUCAAAACUACUCGGCAACCAGUCACCAUGAGGCCGAUUGUUAAGACUACACAGGCGCCCACCAAAAUCCCAGAAGUCAAGGUGCAAAUAGACCAAGUUAAGGAAGCGCCCAGUCCGCCUAAUCUCGGUAUCGGGGCUGGACUUCUGAAAUUAGCAGGGUGCAAUAUAUACGGAAGGAUGUAUCGGGUUGGACGAAUUAUAGCUGAGCUUUCAACUCCAUGUCAGGAGUGUUGGUGUACGGAAUUAGGAGUGCAAUGCAAACCUUUAAAGUGCUGAAGGUAACAUGAAUUUUAAGUGGAAAAAACGAUAUUGACAUGUCACUUUAAAACUAGAUUUAAUUUACAUAGCUGAUGUAAAAUUUUAAAACUGAUUAUGUUGACAGUGUUCCGGAACGUGUGAAUAGGUUUUGUGUGAAAAAAUUGGUUAACGUAACUCAACUGAUUAUAAUCGGCGAUGUAAAUUAUGUUGUAGUUGAUAAGACUGUUAGGCCAACGGAUCCCUAGCACUUGAAUGCCGAACUAGGAAUAAUGAAUGCCAUAAAACCAGCAUAGCCACGUGCAUAUAUAAACUUUCAAGUACGAUUUUUAACUUUUUUUAUUGUAACUAAGAUCCAUGCAAAUGUAUUUUACAUAUUUAUGUCAGUACAGAUUUGAGUUCUGGUUCUAAAUAUUAUUAUCAUCAAAUAGUUCGCCAUCCCUUUCUAGUAUUUGGAAACAAUGCAUUUAUGUACAGAGUGUGUAUGAUAGAAAAUGUUUAGAAUGCUGAGAUACUUCUGAGCCAUAUUUGAAUGUGUGAUUGUAUGCCGUUACGUAGAUUUAAAGCAUUUCUUGUAGAGAAUAGAAUAAGAUCAUGUGGCAGUUCUCUAUGAUGAAGUGUAUAGAUUCCCGAGUUUAGAAAAUAAGAAGGACAUGAAGAUUUAAGGAACGUGGAAUUGUUUGUUUACGACAAUUAUGCUACAAUGAUUACAUAAAUAAACGAGAUUAGUGUGCUACAAAAGCUCACAUACAAUCUAGGAAUCUAAAUUGUCAUAGAGAAAGUCUGAUUGUAAAGUUAUUUUAGAAAAUAAAUAUGUUUUAGGUUAUGCUACGAUUUUCCGCUAGAUGGCAUUAUUAUAAACUUGAUGAAUUUACAGAUGCAAACUAACAAUAUAAUAUUUAUCAAGGGGUUUAGCAGACGAGGAUUUUUUUUAACGGCCCAGUUAUUAUCCUUUACCAAGAAUUAUAUAACGUACUCGAAUUGACCCAGAAUUUUGCCAUUAAUUUCAAUCAUUUUCUUAGUUUCAAUUCCGUUUUGUCAAAAAGCAGAGUUAACAAAGCUUAUAAAGAAAUAGCGGUGACUAUGCAGAAGUGCUCUAUAUUCAAAGUGUGAAUAAAUGUAGCGCUGAGACAAUAUGGAAUACUACUGCCUCAAUUCUGAAUAUUUGAUCCUCACUUAAGAAGACAAUUUUACUGGGCGUCUAGUGUAUAACAAAAUAAAAGAAUAAAACAUAAAAGCCCGUUGUCUGCUGAAAUCCUGAACAGCAGAUAUAUGAUCUCAUACAUGAAUAAAUAUAGACUCGCUACUCAACAUAGACAAGUUUAUAGAUUUGUAAUUUUAUUUAAAACAAUUACAUCCUUACUUAUUAUAAUACCUAGAACUU